ACCAGCAGGUAUGCUUUCAUUACUCUUCUAACUUAAUCUAAAACCCAUAUAAGGUGACUAUAUUAGAUUAGUAUUGAAUGACGCAGUACAUGAUUUGUCAGGAUUGGAUUGUCCAUUUGACGAUGAAGGAUUGUGUCCAUUUGAUAAGUUCAUCGACUCACUCAGGCACAUCAGAGAAGAAGUUGACUUCCAAACAGACUGUCAUGGCGAGUGGAAGAUGAACGAACACGAGAGCGUAUCAAAUGGACGCCCACCGAUGCAUUAAAACCGCUAAGAAGUUAGAUAAACUUGUAAUUUUGAUUAAUUAUCAAUUUUCGGAAAAUCAUUUCGUAUCAGAAACAUUGAUGAUCGCUGGGAUAGCGAUAAAACUUACUUUUAUAGCCGCAUUAGGGGAUCUUGUGCAGGCCAAUCCUCUAGCCAGAGCUACAGCUGAAUCACACGCAGGUAGCAAGACGAGUAUUAGUCUUCCUACACCAACAGCAGACUACUAUUCGCGAGUAUUCAACCUUGAUCAGCCAUACAGAGGUACUGUAUCCGAUGGAAUUUUACCUGAAUUAUCAAUUAGACCACUAGCUGUAGAGUAUCCUUAUACAACAGAUUACCCGUCGAUUUUGGUCAGACCUGUAGCCAAAGAUGCGAAAUCAAUUGACGAAUUCGACGUUAUUGGAAAUUGGGGUAUAAACAUGCCAUAUAAAUCAUCACCGCAACUUUUAGAAGGUACCUCACCCUUCCCGCCUCAAUCUUGUCGGAUUGAUAGCGUGAAUUUACUUCAUAGACACGCUGAAAGAUACCCCAGCUCAUGGGAUCAGUCGUUGGAUUUUGCGAAAUCAUUAUCAGAAAAGGUUCAAAGGGGUCUGAACGCAUCGAAACCAAUUGAAUUCUUCGACGAGCUUGAGUUUUUAAGCGAUUAUAGCUAUCCACUCGGUUCGGAUAAGCUCACGAGCAUUGGGCGAGACACCAUGUUUAGACAUGGCACACAAUUUGGUAUACUUUACGGAAGAUUACUUGACAGCUUCACAAAUCAUAAGAUGGUAGUUAGAACUACUACUGAGGAGAGGAUGUAUCGAUCUGCCACAAACUUCCUGUUAGGUUUGUUAGGCGAAGAGUGGCCAGAUAAGAUCCACCUUGUUCAACAAAUUGAGGAAGAUGGUUUCAACUCCACUCUCAACGUUUGGAAUACUUGCAAUCGCGAAGAUGCUGAUCAGGGCGAUCCACGCAAGGAACAUUGGCAAAAGAUUUACCUUCAAGAUGCAUCCAAGAGGCUCUCAGCUAAUGUGAAAAAUGCAAACUUCACAGUAGAUGAUGUUGCAGGCAUGCAAGACUUAUGUGCAUAUGAAACUAUUGCUUUAGGAUACUCACACUUCUGCUCGCUGUUCACAAAAGACGAAUGGAAAGGCUACGGAUAUGGUUAUGAUUUGUAUCACUAUGGAGACGCAGGAUUCGGUGGACCAGUCGCGCGUGCUAGUGGAUUAGGAUACCUCGAAGAGUUACUUGCUAGAAUGACAAACGACAGAAAGAACCUUGAGCCAUACGAAAGCUCCACUAAUAGAACAUUAAAUCAAGAUCCAAUUACAUUCCCGACUGACCAAGCUGUCAAUAUAGAUUUUACUCAUGAUGUAACGAUAGGUGAAGUUGUUGUCGCCUUGAACUUAACGCACUUCAGUAGAGGGUUGUCUCAAGACUACAUUGAAACAGCGGAACCAAGAUGGAAAUCUAACGUUAUUAGUCCCUUUGCUGCGAACAUCUUAAUACAGACUAUUUCAUGCGGCGAAGACAACAAGGAAUAUGCCAGAGUUAUACUCAACGACGCAGUUCAACCGCUCUCAGGAUUUGGAAAAUGCGGUGAUAAUGCACAAGGAAUGUGUGAACUCAAGCUAUUUAUCAAGGCACUCAAGCAAGCGAAACAUGAGACAAACUUUACUUUCGACUGUUUUGGGGAUUUCAACAACACCCAUGUUGUGCAUAACGGUGAACCUGAAUUAUAGAAUAAAUUUAAUUUAUGCAUAAAUGAGGAAUAAUCG